AUGGACCCCAAUGGAAAUAAGGACCUCGACAGAAACACAGACCCCAAUGGAAAUAAGGACCUAAUAGAAAUAAGUAAGGAUUCCAAUGGUCGUAAGGCUACGAAGGGUGGAAGUGGAGGAAGCAGUUCAGUCACUUGGCCCAACCUUAAGGACCAGGAGGCUGUCCAGAAGUUUUUCCUUUCUCAGGUUCAAGCUGGGGAAGAGCUACUUGCACAGGGAGAAAUCGAGUCUGGUGUGGAGCACCUGAGUCGUGCUGUAGCAGUGUGCGGACAGCCUCAGCAGCUGUUACAGGUGCUCCAACAGACCCUUCCUCCCCAGGUUUUCCAGUUGCUGCUUCACAAACUUCCAGCAAUUGGCGAGAGCAUACUGCAGGCAGCCGGUGGAUCCAAAGUAACCGAGGAGGAUGUGGAGUGAGGACUGCUCUACCUAGCCUUGAAGUGUAAAUUACUCUGGACUUGUAUGUGAUGAGUGGAUUUUGUUGUAAAAUGAAAGUGUGUUAUACAUCUGUCUUUGCCUUUCACUUUACACUUAAAGCUCUCUGUUGUAGACUCAAACUGUGUUCCCAUAAGUUAUUUAUGGACAUUUUUGUUACUUACGAUCCAACUAAACAGAUGAGCCAUAUAAUGCCUCGGAGUGUUCUGUUUAUUUUCAAUAUUUUUUUUUCUAAACUAUAGUUAUAUAUUUCCACAAUACUAUUUGUUAUUACUGUUUAAAUCUAUACAGGAAAUUGGUUAUAUAAAGGUUUUAUGGAUGAAGAGUUGUGAAGCAUUGAAUUUCUCUUUCUUAAGACACCAAAUAUUCAACUACAAUUUUCUUUUGUUCUGAUGCAUUAUGCAGCUUUCCGUAUAUUUCUCAUAAGUCGUAUACAUUGAUUUUCUUUAUUACUGAGGAAGCAGUAAAUUGUGUGUUCACUAGUACAUGUCUUCAACUGCUGGUGUCUCAUUCUUUACCCGUAUGAAAAACUUUAAGACUUUUUUUUUUUGUUUUCUCAUCUUCAGUAUAUGGAUUUAUGGAAUGUCAGGUUGCCAGAGGAUGUUUAUAAUAAAUAUUUUUUCAACGUGUGCUUUACUAUAAGUACUCUACUGCCAGCACUGGCCUUUUUAACAGGUGGAAUUUCUAUGUGCCUGUGAUCUGAGAAUUGUCGUGAGGCUCAGUUCUUCUUUAGGUUGUUUUUCUGCUAGUUUUGCUGCUCCUGGUAGUAAAAGGAAAAUUGUGUGUGUUUUCAUUAUGUUGAAUACAGUGUGAGUUUUUGUUAAAUUUUAAGAGGUGUAUUAAAUAGUGUGUGUAACAUUAGUUUCUGUAAUAAAAUAUCGGAGGUGAUUUAUUGCAUCAGCACAACCCCCCUCCCCCUCCCCCUUUUUUGUGUGUAUCUGUACUCUUGCUUCAUUACCAGUAAUAUUGCAUCAUUAACAAUUUUAUUUAAUCUUAGCAGUGAUAAUAAUGCAUUUCUAGCAGGAACUUGUCCUAGUGUCAUUGUCUCAUAACAGGUUCAGUUUCCCUGGGUUAUCACAGUAUACUGCUAAAUGGCGAAGUUAAUAUAUUUUUUCUCACUGUGAAACAAAUAUUUUGAGUAAAUAUUGAAGUGAUUUGGGUAAUAUGUACCAUGUCUUUUAUGAAAUUCAAAAGUUAUGAAUGCUACCUAAGGCAUUCCGUGGGAGCCCUGUACAUAAAUUAUUAAUUUAAGGAAAAUAAAGUUUUUUAUA